GCCGGGAGAUAACCCCCGCGGGCGCGCUAGGGGGCGCUCGCAGGCGCGAGAGGACCAACAUGGCGGACGACGGCGCCUUCUCGGCUGCGAGCCCGGGCGGGCGUGCCGCUGAGGGCGAUGCGGACGCCGCGGCGCCGGAGCCGACGGGGAAGGCGAGCGGCGAGCAGGAGCACGUAGACUGCCAGGAGCUGCUGGACUGCCAGGUGGAGUGCGAGGCCCCCGCGGCGGCGGAGGCGGAGGCGGCGGACGUGGUGGCGAGGGCCGAGGCCGUGGCAGCCGGCUGGAUGCUGGAUUUCCUGUGCCUGUCGCUGUGCCGGGCGUUCUGCGACGGCCGCUCCGAGGACUUCCAGCGCAUCCGCGACAGCGCCGAGGCUAUUAUUCAUGGACUCUCUAGUCUUACAUCUGAUCAGUUGAGAACCAUUUACAUAUGCCAGUUUUUGACAAGAAUUGCAGCAGGAAAAUCCCUUGAUGCACAAUUUGAAAGUGAUGAGCGAAUUACACCCUUGGAAUCGGCUCUGAUGAUUUGGACUUCAGUUGAAAAACAGCAUGACAAACUUCAUGAAGAAAUACAAAAUUUAAUUAAAAUUCAGGCUGUAGCUGUUUGUAUGGAGCAUGGCAGUUUUAAGGAAGCAGAAGAAGUUUUUGAAAGAAUAUUUGGCGACCCAUAUUGUCACACGUCAUUGGAAAGGAAAUUGCUUAUGGUAAUCUCUCAGAAAGAUCCAUAUCACUCCUUUUUUCAACACUUCAGCUACAACCACAUGAUGGAGAAAAUUAGAAGUUACGUGAAUUCUAUGCUAAGGGAAAAGUCAUCAACUUUUCUAAUGAAGGCAGCAAUAAAAGUAGUGGAGAGUGAGAAAACAAGAAUAGUAACUUCUCAAGAUAAACCCAGUGGUGAUGAUGAUGAAGCAGAAACGGAAGCUCAUUUGAUUGAAGGAAAAAGGUCUCACAGCAACAUCUUCUUACCUAAAUUGGAACAAAGAAGCUGUCAGCAAGAUCUUAAUAAGAAAGAGAGAGUGGGAAUUCUUCAAAGUGGAAGAAAGGCAAACAGAAGAGACGCUAAAAGAUGUUCUUCCACAAAUCAACCAGUAACCCAGGAAAAACAGCGAGCCAGGAAAAGACAGCCAUGGCUUUGGGAAGAAGACAAGAAUUUGAAAUCUGGUGUGAGGAAGUACGGAGAGGGAAACUGGACUAAAAUACUGUUACGUUACAAAUUCAACAACCGCACCAGUGUCAUGCUGAAAGACAGGUGGAGGACCAUGAAAAAGCUAAAGCUGAUUUGCUCAGACAGUGAAGACUGAAGGUGAUUGUCAGAGUUUGAUAAAAGGACAGUUAAAUAUUUUGUUUACUGUAUUAUAUUUGGAACUCGCUGGUCAUUGAGGUAUGUUAAAACCCUUGUUUAAUUUAUUUUUGUCAGUUUAGUGAGGGUGUGUGCUGUCAAGUUACAUGCCAUCAGCUUAUUCUUCAAGAAUCUGUCUGACAAAAUGUAAAUACAUUGAACUCUACCCAGAUCUAAUACCCAAUCCCCAAAUUCUGUCCCAAUAAAAAAUUUAAAACCUAAUGGAAAAAAA